CAGAGCAAGUGAGAGAAGGGCCCGGCGUUGGCUCGUUUGUGCACUCAGUCAGUCAGUCGGUCGGUCUGCGUCCGUUGACAGUCGGAUUGUCAGUGUCUCUGCCCCAGCAGCAAGGAUGUGUGCGUGCUGACCGCAGUUGCCAGCAGGACCAACGACCCCGCAGCCCCCGUUCGCGCCCCCCGUCCAGCCGCCACUCAGGAGUCGAGAGCCACGAUGGCGGCAGGUUGGCGACUGCUGUCGCUGCUGCUGCUGCACCUGUCCAGCGCGCCGUUCUCCAGUGCCAGCGCCGAUGCCCAGGCGGGCGCCUCCUCCCCUGAUCUCCACACACAACUGAGCGUAGAAGACUUGCGCUCGCUCUUCCACGUGGACUCUCAUGACCAAGUGCCCGAUUACGAGGUGGUGGCCGUGCGUGCCCUGAGCAAGCGGAGCGCCCCCUCGGAGCACAGCGAAGGUCCCCACUUGGUGGCCCAUUUGGAGGCGUUCGGGCGGCCCAUGCAGCUGGCCCUGCGCCGCACCACGGGGCUAGCGGGCGCCGCGGGUCCCUCGGCACUGCGCAUGUGGGCCCAGGACGGCGCCGAGUUGGCCGAGAUUCCGCAGGCGGAGCACGGCGCCGACAUCGGACACACCUACCAGGACGAGGCCAGCGGCGCUGCCCUUCUCGUCCACACAGAUCCGCAGGACGGCACCCUCCUUGUUGAAGGUACGAUCGGCGGCGACCUGGUGGUUCGACCUGUGCCUGCUUCAGUUCGACACCUGACCCCCGUGACCUCGCACCCGGACUACUUUGACGAGGAGGCGGAGUACGGUGGCAGCGACGACGAGAUGUUCCUGGACGAGGAGCAGGGCGACGAGGAAACCGUCAGAUCCGGCUUCCCCCUGCCCGCAGGAAAGCCCGGUAAGAAGCCCUCGAAGAAGGCCACCUUCAUCGACAAGAAGAAGAACAAAAGGACGAAGAGAAGCGCCGCCACCCUGGGAAUGCACGUUGUGAUAAAAAAGAAGGUUGACGAGGCAGACCCUUUAGGCGAUUACGCUUUCAUGGAGCCCGACCACUUGUCGAAGCGCUUCCGCCGCGACGUACGAAAGAGCAAGAAGUCCAAGAGCAAGAAGUCACGAGACAGACGAGAUGCGCCAUAUGUUAUCUACCCUGAGAUCCUAGUCAUCGUCGAUUACGAUGGAUACAGGCUUCACGGCGGCGACAACGUGCAAAUCAAGAGAUACUUUGUUUCAUUCUGGAACGGCGUCGACCUUAGGUACAAACUGCUCAAGGGUCCCAAGGUGCGCAUCAGCAUCGCCGGAAUCAUCAUCUCCAGGGGAAGAGACGCCACUCCAUACCUGGAGAGCAACAGGGUUGGCAGGGACGCGAUUGACUCGGCAGCCGCGCUAACGGACAUGGGCAAAUACCUGUUCAGGGAGAGGAGACUUCCCGUCUACGACAUUGCAGUUGCAAUCACAAAGUUGGACAUGUGCAGGAGACAGUACGCCAAUGACAAUUGCAACAGAGGAACAGCAGGUUUCGCCUACGUCGGCGGUGCGUGCGUUGUCAACAAACGACUUGAGAAGGUCAACAGCGUCGCCAUCAUCGAAGACACCGGUGGCUUUUCUGGCAUCAUCGUCGCCGCCCACGAAGUCGGCCACUUGUUGGGUGCCGUGCACGACGGCUCACCGCCCCCGAGCUACCUGGGUGGACCUGGCGCUGAAAAGUGCAGAUGGGAGGACGGUUUCAUCAUGAGCGACUUGAGACACACUGAAAAAGGAUUCAGGUGGUCGUCAUGCAGUGUCGCCAGCUUCCACCACUUCCUAAACGGGGACACCGCCACUUGUCUGUUCAAUGCGCCGCACGAGGACGACGCGUUGCCAAGGGUUCUGCCAGGAAAGCUUUUGUCCCUGGACGCGCAAUGCAGGAAGGACAGAGGCACCAGCGCCUGCUUUAAAGAUGACCGCGUGUGCGCGCAGCUCUUCUGCUUUGACGCCAACUCCGGCUACUGCGUGGCCUACAGACCGGCGGCCGAGGGAUCUCCGUGCGGCGACGGCCAGUCGUGCCUGAACGGCCGCUGCGUCGCUGAGCAUGAGAACAUCAUUCCCGACUACACGCAGAUCACGCCGACCUACGCCCGGCCCGACGCACCUUCCUCGCAGACCCGGCCGGUCUACGCAGAGACGCCAGAAAGAAGCACCGAUGGCACCAGCACCAGCAGCAGGUUUCCGUGGGGUCACUUCUGGACGAAGAACACAACCCCAAUGACCCCGAGCACGACUUACACGACCCCUACUAGUACGGUCACCACCACCAAAAGCACAACCACGACAACCACAACUACCUUCAAACCCCCCAAAUCCACCAAAAGCAAUUCUUUAUUCACUACCAAAAGCCCCUUUGCCACAAGUUUUGGGACGGGCGAUCAGGACACGUGUGAGGACCUGCCCUCGAAGUCGUCGGCCAGCAUGAGCUGCGUGGAGCUGCUGUCGCGCUACCCGCUGCAGUACUGCGGCUCCUACUACAUCAAGAAGCACUGCUGCGCCUCGAUGCGCGCCAUGUGCCCGAACGGCACCCAGACCCACUGACCCCCAAGCCCCCGGGGCCAGCCUCGCCCCUCGAACGCCCCCUCCCCACCUCCUUGUUGUGCUGUUAAAACUGUUCACAAAUCACAUAAGUGCUCUGAGUGACUCGAUGAAAUGAUGAAAAAUAGUGCAAUCACACCUGGCUGUGACCGUGAGAGUGAUGGUUGUCCUGAUGAUAAUAAUUAAUUAUGUAAUUAUUUAUGUAGCGCGGCACCCGAACUCUCCUCUGUUGGAGAGCAGGAUGCCGCCCCCUUGGGUUAAACACAAAGAGAGAAAAAUGAUGUGUAAGAUUAAAUGCGUUUCAAUGAAAAACGACUCUCAAGUUCAAACAA